AUGAGUGAUGCCAGUUUGUGUGCAUUUUACGGAACAUUGGCCAUAAGUGCAUUCAGCCUCGGCGGAGUCUCUGGAUCCCGAACGUGGAGCGAGAAGGCCAUCAUAUAUAAGCAUAAAGCCCAGCGACAUGCAAAGAUGAUGCUGACGACCGCCUACAAUGUCCCCAAAGUGACCAAAUACAAGUCAAUAUUGAUGGCAUUGCUCACCAUGGUCCAGGUGACGAUGCUCUCGGGGAACCGAAGAGAAUCGGAAUAUUAUUUUGUGGAAGCAGAGAAGUUCAUUCGUUUAAGGGGACUUCCACGCAAAAAGUCUAGAAAAGUACGAUUACUGCAUCACUGCUAUGUAUUUGAGCGCAUCAUCCAUGAGAGUAUCUUCAUUUGUGGAGUGAACUCAAGACAGCGUCAUCAUGUCCACGCCGCCAUUGAAACGAGCGGGCUAGGAAACUAUAGCCUUGACAUGCGUGGGCAAGAGGAAGGCGAGAAUGAUCUACACCUGGAAAGGCCUGGCUUCUGGUCUAACACUCUCUACCCGGAGAUAUUUGGUAUCCCUGAGCCUUGGGUUAUCCUUCUAUCCCAGAUUAUUCGAUUAGGGAAAGAAAAGGAUACAGCGGAAGGGGAUAAUGCAUCAAACUGCAUCAGCUUGAAAGAGUUUAGCGGCCGGGCGAAGACUCUCGAAGACUAUAUCAACAAGCUGCCACUACCUAGCCUGGACCAUAUCCAUUCUGGACUGGACCGUGAAAUUAUAAAGAAUAUGCUCAAUGCCAUGCAGAAUGCACUGGCGAUAUACUUUUACCGUCGAAUCCAUGACGUGGACUCUUCCUUGCUACAGCAAAAGGUCGCGGGCGUGUUGGACCAUCUACUACGUUGCGAGGACACAGACUCCACCGUGGUCCAUGGCUCAGCAGGCUUUAUCUGGCCUGCGUUUAUUGCGGCUUGUGAAGCUGAGGAUCCAUUGGUUCAGGUAUCGUUCUCUGACUGGUUUGUCAAUUCGGCACGCCGCAGUGGUUUGUCUUGCUUUACUGAGACAUUGGCCAAUAUUCAGCGAAUUUGGCAAGAGAAGACUUGUGCUAAUGGGAAGAGUGUAACUUGGCUGGAUCUGAUGAAAAGCACUAUGCCGUUACAGCAGCUAUUUUAA